UAGGACCAUCACAGAAAACAUUAAAAAUUUGUUUAUGAAAGUGCAAUAAACAAAUCCCUUCACUUUGUCUCUUCCGUCAGCUCGGCUAUCUGUCUUCUCCUACCAGGUUUAGAGGAAGAACCUAUACAAAAGCGAGUUAAGAGUAAGUCAGAUGCACCGAAGGUUCCGCACAAAUAUUAAACAAAAGAUUAUAAUAGGUAUUUCUCAUACGCGAUUGAUAUAUUUCUAUAAUAUAUACGUAAGCAUAAAUUUUUUCAUGUACGUUUACACAUGUUGAGUUUCGGAGAAACUUUAAAAUUAGAAUUUAAAAAUAUUUAUGAAUAAUUUCCUUUUUUUUCUCUUUUUUAUAUUUUAAAUUUAUUUAUAAUGUUAUCUUUUAUAUAUUUAUUUGUUUUCUUUUUAUUAAAGAGAUUGUUUUUUGAGAUUAAUAUCGAUACUUAAACAUACAUCGAUAUUUUCAUAACUUAUGUGCCCCACUGACUGACGUCAUUGAAUCGUUGAAAGAAGGACAUGUGUUUUGUGUUUAUUGAUUUGAUAAAUCAUCGUAUUUUUUAAAAGGAAAGUUUUAGUGGGGAAAUAAAUUAACUUUCUAUAAAUCAUGAUUGUUAUUAAUGAAUUUAUUUCUCCUUUGCAGAUCUGAAAUUAUAAGCAAUAAGAAAGCUGAAUUAUGGCUUUCGCUGGACUAAAGAAACAGAUCAACAAAGCUAAUCAGUAUGUCACAGAGAAGAUGGGCGGUGCCGAGGGCACCAAAUUGGAUUUGGACUUCGUGGAAAUGGAGAGAAAAACAGAUGUUACCUGCGAGUUAGUAGAGGAGUUACAGACGAAAACAAAAGAGUUCCUCCAACCGAACCCGACGGCACGAGCUAAGAUGGCGGCCGUGAAGGGUAUAAGCAAACUCAGUGGUCAAGCCAAGAGUAACACUUACCCGCAGCCCGAGGGUGUGCUGGGCGACUGCAUGCUUCACUACGGCAAGAAGCUCGGCGAAGAUUCCAUAUUCUCACAAUGCUUGAUUGAGAUGGGUGAAGCGUUGAAACAAAUGGCGGACGUCAAAUACUCGUUGGACGAUAACAUCAAACAAAGCUUCCUGGAACCUCUGCACCAUUUACAGACCAAAGACUUGAAAGAAGUUAUGCACCAUCGGAAGAAACUACAAGGGCGUAGGCUGGAUUUCGACUGCAAGCGACGUAGACAAGCAAAAGGCUCUCACAUUCCAGACGACGAGAUCAGACAAGCGGAGGACAAGUUCGCAGAGUCGCUGCAACUGGCCCAGAUUGGCAUGUUCAAUUUAUUGGAUAAUGAUGUAGAGCAAGUUGCCCAACUUAGUUUCUUCGCAGAGGGUCUCUUGGAGUACCACCAGCAAUGUACGGAAAUACUCAAGGGGCUCGUUUCGACACUUAUGGAGAAGAAAGACGAAGCGGUGAACCGUCCCAAGCUGGAGUUCGUGCCGAAGACCCUGGCGGAUCUCAACAUCGAGGGCAUCCACGACUUGAACAAUGGUAGGCGGUACGGUUCCACGCAGAGCCUCUCCCGCCCCGCGCGCUCCCGCCUGCCCCCCUCCUCGUCCGUGGGCGACCUCUCCUCCGACCCGCUCAAGGCGUGGGAGGCCCCCUCCCCCCUCAAACCCGCGUCCCGCCCCGCGCACCCCGCGUACACUCGUCAGUCGCCCGUCGACCUCCUCGGCGAUCUGACGCCCGCCGUGGGCUUCAAACCGCACCCGGCGCCGAGAAACGUCAACGGCAGGGACCCGUGGACAGCAUCCCCACUCCCGUCGCCUGUGAAGUCGCCCGCACGGACACCCGUCGUGGCCAACAAGAUGCCUUGCUGCACCGCACUCUACGAUUUCGAACCGGAAAACCAAGGCGAACUCGGAUUCAAGGAAAACGACGUAAUCACGCUGAUCAGCAAAGUAGACGAGAAUUGGUUCGAAGGUUCCGUCAACGGCAAAACCGGCUACUUCCCCAUCAGCUAUGUUCAAGUCACCGUACCACUGCCCAAUAUGUAAGCUUCGCCAUCGACUUCAUACAUCCCAUUUAUCUAGUAACGUCCUUCUUAAGAAGUAUUCUGAAUGAUCUCAUUCAAGACUGGCCCAGUGGAGCGACAAACUAAAGGAAUGGAUUAGUAUCGUGCAUAUCUACAAUAAAUACUCUUUAUACUCAAGAUAAUGUGCUAAUAACACAAUUCUACGGUAACUGUUAUAAGAAUCAUAGCCGUGACGAGAAUACUUCUUAAAAAUGUGUUACGACAUUGUUGUUAUAAUCAUCUCGUUACUCAGUAUUAUUUAGACCACUAUUAUAAUUUGAAUCUAAUAACUAUGUCAGAAGCUCAAUUGUAUGAUUAUGAAACCACCCAUAUUCAUUGAAAUGCUGAUUCAUGUCAUUUUGUCUUCCCGGACUUUUUUCUCCUUUAUACAGCUAAUAGUUUACAAAAAAAGUAAUAUUUACGAAUGUAUAAUUUUACAUGACAUUAAUUUAACAGUUUAAAAAUGCAUGAAUAGUUUACUCAUACAGUAUUUGUUGAUUUGUAAAUGAUCAUUUAUAAAUUGCAUUUAUUGCCAAAUUGUAAGACAUCAUUAGGAUAAUACUAUAAAAAUAUUCGUAAUUAUUUUACCACUUUCAUAGAUUUUAACUAUGUAUCCGAUAUACAUUGACUUAACAAAGUAUUGUAAUAAAAAUAAUUUUAUUGCAAAAUAAUAAUAGAAAUAUAUUAUUGGUGUUGCAUAGAUACUGACAUUCCGAUUUUAAUAAUGCGUGACUUAAGUAAGAGUUGAAAUGGUAGUUCCCAGUGUUAGCGACACUUCAACACGCAAAUAUCUAGUCAGAAUUGGCUCAGGUCAAAUGCACCUUACGUACGUACGCUAAAAUCUGAUAAUAGAAGACGUGUUGAAAUUAAAUCACCGUGUUAAAAUAUACUCUUGUCCAUUUUAUGAGUACUACCGUCGUUAGUAUGUGUUGAAGGCCAGUUGCCCUUCGAAGCAGCAUCAAUUCAGAAAAGUGAUAUUUUAAUGUAAUGUUUGUAAAUUAGUUAAAUCAAUUGUGCAUCUAUUUUUGUAGAUAUGCUAUCUUCUUUGUAUAGUACUUUCUUCAUCAUAUAAUAACUUUAUUGUUUCUCUUCGCAUCUUUGACAGCACAGGACAUAUUUACUAGAUUAUCGUUGUGUAACUAGUUAAUGAAAUUAGAUUUUAUAGUUAUAUCUUGCGGGUAAUUAUUAUUUAUCUAAAUGGAAAAAAUGUAUACAAAUAUAUCUUAUAACAUACAUGUAAUAAUUAUGAGGAAAGGGAGGGGUGUUGUUGAUGGUUUCAAUCUUGCCAGAAAUUUAUGGCGUUUUAAUGUUCGAUGUAUUAUUAUUGGCAAAUAUAAUAAUUGUAUAUUAUAAUGUCAUUGUGAUAACGUUAGAAUAUCAUACUGUUUUUACAGUAUCCUACCGCGUAUUAAAUAAGCUUACAUUUUUAUUUUUUUAUUCAUAUAGUACGUAAUUUUGUUUUUAAUUAUUAUUACGCAUAAUAUGUUAUAUGUUAGUCAUCGUAAACACCUUUAUAAAUUUUAAGAAGCAUAAUUGAUACCAAAAAUAAAAUAAAUUAGCAAUUUAAAUACAAGGCCUCUAUCUAUUCAAUAGAAUUGACAAACUAUUUUAGCGCACUUAAGAUUUAACAUGUUUUGUCGUCGUAUUUCAAUUUAUCCUAAGUCGAUGUUUGCAAUAAUAUUUGAAAUAUAAAUUAAUUAUUAAUAUCAUCUCAUUACAUCGUUGUCAUAAAGUGAACAGACCCCAUUGGAUCACGUUUCUGGCAUACAAAAGACAAUACCUAGAUCUAAAAUUAGAUGUAUGUAAGGUUCAUAAAUAAUUGUUCUAUUCUCAAGUGUCUCUUAAUGUAAGUAUUUUGAGUAAAUUCAUCAGUGUUACGAAAGAUAUCAAGUUUCAAUGUAUUGAUGUGCGAUGCUUUGAUGCUGUUUACUUGGAACCUGGUAAAUGUGUUUCGAGAGCAUCCUGAUGUCGCUAUUUUCUCAAUAUUACAUUACCAUUGUCAUGUAUAAAGAUAGAGACUGUUGUUAUUAAUGUAUAGAAAUGUUCAUACGAAUUGUCGAUUUUUGGGAGGAAGUUAUUGACGAUAGAACACCUAUUUUAUAGUCUCCCUUUGGUGUGUUGAUUCAUCGCGUUGAGUAUUGCUUGCAUCAUGAUGUGAUGUAAAAUGGAACGUUUGACAAAUAUACCCAGCCAAAGCUGUUGGCGAGCACAUUCAUUAACAUUUGGUUGGAUUCGCAUGUUCGUAAAUGGCAAUGCCACAUUUCUAGGGACCGACCGUCUGUCCCUUUAGCUAU